AUGACGAGCAACCUCCUUGCUGCCUUGAAGAACCACCAGGGGAAAGGUGUCACCGUGACAACUCACCCGCUUAUCGAGGCUGCCAAAAAUGGCUCGGUGGAUGCUUGUCAGCGGGCUUUGACGGAGCCGAAGGUCAAAGUGGACCAGAAAGACUCGGAAGGCUCAUGUGCCUUGAUGUAUGCCGCCGAGGCAGGCCACAUGCACGUCGUCAAAUUUUUAGUGGAGAAGGGCGCACGGGUCUCUGCCAAAGAUGAUACGGGCGAAACUGCACUGAUGAAGGCUUGCAAAUCCGGGCAUGUUGAUGUAAUCCGCUUCCUCAUCGAUGCGCAGUUGCUGCAACGGAAGAAGAGCAGCAGCAUCAUGGGCUCCGACAGCGCCAAGCUUCUGCAAAUCGAGAAGCAGCGCGUGCUGGACGUCAAAGAUGACGAAGGCGUGACGGCGCUCAUGAAGGCCGCCGAAAGCGAUGAGCUUGAAAUUGCGCGCCAGUUGAUCGAAGAAGGAGCUUCCCUGACCUUAAAAGAUGACCACGGGUGGACGGUGCUUAUGUGGGCAGCACUGGCCGGAAAUGUUGACAUUUGCGACAUGCUCGUCAAGAGCUAUGACGCUGCUGCGGACUAUGUGACCGAACGCGGUGAGUCAGCGCUGAUGAAAGCCGCAGCAAACGGGCACUGGGAAGUGUGUGACUUCUUGUUGGAAGAGGGUGCGAAGGUGAACCAGCUGGACUCUGAGCACCAAACUGCCCUUAUGUGGGCAGCGGCCAUGGGGCAUACGGCGGUAGUCCGCGGCCUCCUCAGCCGAGAUGCGAAGGUAGAUCUGCCAAGCAAGGGUGGCAAGACGGCUCUGCUUCUGGCGUGCGCAGUCGGCCGCGAUUCCAUCGUGGCGGACCUUCUGGCUGCCCGGGCUAAGAUCGAGCACCAGGAUGCAGACGGACAAAACGGCCUUUUUGGCGCCGUUCAGUGUGGCAACAAGGAGCUCGUUUCCUUGUUGAUCCAGCACAAGUGCCCUCUCGAAGCGCACACGCAGAGGGGGGAGACGCCGCUGAUGUUCGCUGCCAUGAACCAGCAGAUCGACUGCGUGAAGGUCCUAUGCGCAUCCUCAGCUGAUGUAAAUGCCGUGGAUGAGAAUGGCCAAAGGGCUAUUGACCAUGCCGAGGGCACACUGAACAGCAAGGUUGUGGAAGUAUUGCGGCAAGCCGCAAAACAAGCGAACAUCCACUGCCCGUCGCGUCUCAUUGCCUCUUUACCUUUGGGCUGUGUCGAAAAGUCCUGCAGGUCGUUGGCAUCGAACGGAGGCUCUGACCCCUCACUGCGCUCGUGGCAGUUCGUGAGGGAGCCCUCCCUCGCGGGGCGUUCGGCACUGUCCGAGUGGAGCGGGACCAGCCGGACUUUUCAUGUUGGAACUUCACCUGCCCACCGCAAGCUUUGCCUGGCUCAACAACGCGGGCACUGGGCGUCCUUGCUCGCAGGAGGAUUUGAAGCCUAUGGCAGUGGAGCGCUAAGACCGGUCAUGCCCCAUCCUACUUCUAGUCCAUCGACAAAGUACGGCAGGACCCAGUCCUUUGGACUCGGCCAAGACUUCUUCUCUGAAGAUGAAGAAGAAGAGGAUGACGAGGUCAUCGAUGUGCAGCCGUUUAUGCGGCCUAGACGUGGCGGUGUCUGUGCCGAGCCAUGGACGAAAGGCUACUACAAGGAGAAGCUGUGGACAAAGCACUCAGCAUGGGAGCGGAUUCUGUUCGACACCAUGAGGGGUGCGACUGUUUUCAAGCAGUUCGGCGACAGAGACAUGGAACGCUUCAUUCGACCAAUGGUGCUCGAGAUGCACAAAUACGGUGUCAAUGGG